AUGCCCCUAGGCCUGCAGGGGACAGCCUUUGGAAAGGACAUGCAGGUCCACCCGCGACCCUGGGGCCACGCGGGAGCCAGCGAGCCGGGCCCCACGGGAGGGGGAGGAGCAGGGCUCGGCCGUCGCCGGAUCGCCCUCGGUUCGGCUCGCCGCGCUCCGCCGCGGCCUUCGAAGGACCGUCCCGUGGCCCCUGAGUGCGCCCUCCGCGCCCUGCCACAGCGGCUCCGCUUCCCCAGGGCGCACUCAGCUCGGGCCGGCGGCCAGGAGGGCGCAGGCUCACCGGCCCCCGGAGCUGCCGAGGGAGAAGCCGGGGACCCGCGGGGGUGCCGCGUGACCGGGCCCCGGGCCUCCCGCCGGGGGCGUGUCUUCGGCCCGCCCCGCCCCGGCCCCGCCCCGCCGGCCGGGACCCGCGCGGCCGCCUCCGUCCCGGAGCCACAGCCAGCGCCGCCGUCGCCGUCUCCGACUCGGCUCGUCCGGCCCCGCCGCCGCCGCCGCCGCCGCCGCCGCCGCCAUGCCCGGGGGAGCCGCAGCGUGGCCUCGCGGCCCGCCAGCCGCCCCGCCGCGCCCUCUGCCGCGCACCCGCCUGCGCACCCGCCGCCCUCGGCCGCGGCCCCCGCCCCCGCCCCGUCGGGCCAGCCCGGCCUGAUGGCGCAGAUGGCGACCACCGCCGCCGGAGUGGCCGUGGGCUCGGCUGUGGGCCACGUCGUGGGCAGCGCCCUGACCGGAGCCUUCAGUGGGGGGAGCUCAGAGCCCGCCCAGCCUGCCGCCCAGCAGGCCCCGGCCCAUGCUGCCCCGCAGCCCCUGCAGAUGGGGCCCUGCGCCUAUGAGAUCAGGCAGUUCCUGGACUGCUCCACCACCCAGAGCGACCUAACCCUGUGCGAGGGCUUCAGCGAGGCCCUGAAGCAGUGCAAGUACAACCACGGUCUGAGCUCCCUGCCCUGAGAGACCAGAGCAGAUUGGGUGGCCAGCCCUGCACCCACCUCCACCCCCUCCCACCGACAGCUGGACCAUGACGUCAGAUUGUACCCACCGAGCUGGGACCCAGAGUGAGGAGGGGGUCCCUCAUCCCACAGAUGACCUGAGAUGAAAAUGUGCAAUUAAAAGCCUUUAUUUUAGCCGAA